GUGUUUCUUGUGAACUGCCCAAGCUCUCUCGGUCGGCCCCCCGGUGGAGAUCGAUUUAUCUCAAUACGUAUCGCCGAUUCGAAUUCAUGAUUCGAGCAAUAAAGCGCGCCUAUAAAAUGGUAAUUGAUAUUAUUCGUAGACCUUCACCGACUGUAACAAUAAUCAGCGUAAAAACGAGAGAAUGAAAGUAACUGAAGGUGACAGGCAGCUGAUUAAUUCGAACUGCGUGAAUUGAAGAGAAUAAGAGGAACGAACACUGAACGGGGGGGUUACAGAAAGUGCAACUGGAAAGAACGAACCGCCGGUCAUGCGCGCGGGCGGUACGCGAUGACACUGAACGCCAUUGGUGGAGACGGCCGCGAUCAGUUGCGGCCAGUAGCGGCAGCGACUGGCGAUAACCUGAGUCGUUCCAGAUCGCUCGUACGUAACGUGUGCGUCUCCGACGUUUCACACGCAGUUAGUGCGAGACAGCGAGGAGGAUGAGAAGAGAGAGCAGCCGAGACAUGUAACCGGGACUUGUGCAGCAGCUCUCGUCCAGCUCCGCUCUCGUUCUUCUUUUUGAUGCAACGGCGCGUCACGAUAAUUCCACGAUAAAGCUGUGUGAUGACUGUCACGGUGACGGCGAGCGAGUCGAAGUCGAAGCCGCGAUUUCUCAUCAGCAAGAUCCUGAUUUAUUGACGAAGGCGGGAGGCGUCUGAAAAUGACGGAGAGCCUGAUAAACGAGUGGCUGGCGGACUGCAAGGACGUCUCGCAGUCGGAGCUGCACACGUUCGCCAGCACGCUCUCGCAGGACAACGAGAUCGUGCGAGCGCUCUACGUGCUUCUGGAAGAGCGCACUAAAUAUAGCGAGUUGAUGGACACAGUAUGUAACCAAUUAUAUAAUUUCUACCGAUCCCGGGAAAUAGAGUUACAAAGGUUUACUCUGCAGUUUUUACCGACAUUGAUAUAUAUUUAUCUAAAUUCUGCCGCUCAUGGUGAUAUUAAGAGUUGUCGUUCCCUUGAAACUUUAUUGAUUGGAUUGUAUAAUUUAGAAGUGGUGGAUAAAUCGGGUCAACAAAAAGCAAUCUCAUUUAGAUUACCAUCUCUUGCUAUGUUAUCUAUAUUCCAUCAGCCUGAGACUUUAGCGCCAGCAUCGUUAACAGUAAGCGCGGUACGUCGUUUUGAAGAGUGUAACACGAAACUUGUGAGCUGGGGUCCAUUGCAGCAAGUGGAGACAUUGAAUGCACAAAAUCGAUUGAAGGUCAUGACAGCUCUACUUUUCAUCUACAAUCAACAACUUGGUUAUAUAAAUAAAUUUGCCAUGGAACAGUUGUGCAAAGUUGCGACAAAACUUGUUACUCAAGGAUUUAUGAAACCAGGACAUCAUCAGCGUUCUUCAUACGGCAGCGAGUCCAGCUUCGUUCCGAGGCUUUUGCCACGCAUACCAGUGUCCAGCCAGUUUCUCUUGGAAUUCUCACAUGCUGUAUAUUUUGCCAUGUAUAACGAAUGUUGGUAUGUGGCAAAUCAAGCGAUAGAAGAUAUUCACAAUAGAGCGUGUUAUGAAGCAUAUCCGAGUGUAAUGUUAGUUACUAAUGCUAUACGCAACUCUGCCAGUUCUGGAGCACCAGGUCAAGCGAACGAUGGACCAAUUGGAAUUAGUGUUGCAUUGUCCCCAGCAACCACUACACCAACCGUUUCAAAGUCUAUGAUCACAAACGCUUCCUUCCGUACUAAGAAAUUACCAGACGAUCUGGAUGAGAAGUUAUUUGCGGUCGAAUUGAGCAAUUGUCAAGUCGAGAAGCAACAGCAACCGACAGUGUCCGGGAACAGCAAGCGUCGCCCGUGGCAUUGGAAGCACACGCUUCCAAGCUCCGAUAAGAAGGACACGGUGGGGAGGGCGCAUUCCUCCUCUUCAUUGGAAGGCUCCAGGCGUGGGAGUAUAUCCAGCAGCCAUAGCUCGCCGAUAAAGUCCUCUCCUAAAAAGAUCAGCAAAGAUCAGCAGUCGAAGAAAGCGACUCACGAGAAUAAGGACGACGCGAGUCAGAAAGCUAGAAAAGAUAAUAACGCAAAGUGCGAUUCCACCAGCUUUGCCGACGAUCGAUUGGCCGCUAACGCGCAUCUCUAUAGCGUAUUAGAGGAGCAGGCGCUGGGAGAGAUCAUUCGAGAGUCGGUGGAAAAUUUGUAUACGGAUGGCAAUAGAUCGAUCAAUUAUUGCGCCACUGCUGCGCUGUCAUCAAACAUAUGGUAUUGUCACUUCAGUUCACAACACACUGUAGGAUGGCAUGACAUACCGAUACAAGUUGUAAAAGAUGAAACUACCGGAGAAUGUAAAAGUAACCUGGUAUCGAUCACGGAGGAGCAAGAAUCAACGGAGCCGAAUCGCGUUGGUUCCAUCAGACAAUCAAAGGAACAAAAGACUGCUUCGAAGAUUACCAAUUUCCCGGUACUCGGUAAGAAACCUAAGGAGAAAGAGGGGAAGGUAAUGAAGAACGCCCACCUGGUGUCCGAGAAGGAGAAGAAGCUCGGCUCUCAGACGACGUCGAGGGAGAACAUCAAGGGGAGUCUGUCCAUGUUGAACAAUGAUCAGACGGAGGUAGACGGAAAUGUGAACGGAUGCGCGAUCCGAAAGAAGAACAACAGUAUAGAGAACACGAUUAUAAUAGAUCCGAAUAUUGCGUUGAUAGACAGCGAGAGGCUGGCGUCGAUUAGUGGUGAUAACGACAGUGAUAAUAUCGAUAACUCUAUAAAUCUAAGAACGCAUAACGAGGCGGAAUCUAUGGGUUCUUCGAUUCAAGUUAGUUCAGUUUAACUGAGGAUAGAAGUCUGUCCGAGUGUUACCAAUAGUAAUGGACUGGACAUGAAUUAAACAAAUAAGUCGUUCUCUUCCAUCUAGCAGAUCUUGCGGAAUAAUUCGUGUUUAAUCGUGUAUAAAUGUGUCUUUUUUUUUUUUUUUUUCGUAGAAUCAUUCAAAAUCCAGACAUCAACAGAGUAUAAUCUCUCUAUUGUACCACUGCAAUAUUUCCGCGUAAGAGUCGUGUAUUUCUAUUUUACUACACGUGUAGCCGUUUUUCAGUCAGUCCAUUACUCUACUGAUCUCCGAUGGUAUAUAUUGAGAAUAAAAAAGGAGAAAAAAAUUAAUAAAAGGGAAAACACGGGAUGCGGGAACAAUGAACUAACAGUGGUGCGCGGUUGUUUUGUUAAAUGACUUGUGCAUAUAUUGGGAUACGUAUUGAUAUAUAAUUUUUGUAAUUUAAUCUAUAAUUUAUUCGUUAUAUUUUAUAAGUGUACGCGCCGGUAUAUAUAUAUAUAUAUAUGUAUAUUUGACAUUGUGUAACAUCUUUGUCCACAAAUACGGUUAUCGAGUUUCACUUCUAGAGAUUAUAGAUUAUCAUAACGGCGGAAGAGACGAAACAAAGGUUAUUACAUUGCAAUACACAUAUUGAUACAUACAUGUGUGUCCCACCCAGAUGUGCCGCAUGAUACUUGGAGCAUUUUUCCUCCUCAUUCCGAGUGUGUAAAUAAACUUGUUUGCCCAAAGAUACGUUUCAAUUGCUGGAAGAGCAGAACAAGGUGGAAGGCAGUGAUUUAAGGGAUCGAGACGUUUGAAGUACAAUUGCGAUGUCACUUAUUGUAAGUGGGAUGAGGAUGUGCUGGUAAAAGUAUCGGGCAUGUCUGGGUCAGAAUGAUUGAGAAACCCGCUAUUACUUUCCGUCAUAAUUGUUCCGAGAUAUGAUAUUGACAAGUCACGACGAGAAUAAUCUGUUUUGCAAAUAGUUAUGAAUAUUGAUAUAAAUAUAUAUACAUAUAUAUAUAUAUAUAUAUGUAUGUAUGUAUGUAUAUAUAUAUAUAUAUAUAUGUAAUUGUUGAAAAUAAUUACGAGACUCUAACUCGAAGAGACUUUAUUCUCACGUGAAAGUUGACUCACGUUGAAAAUGGUCAACUAGUCGGGAAGUUAUGUCAUUUGAGCAUGAAAAAGCGGGAAAUCGCUUCGUUUAACGACGCAUUCGUUUAACUCGCACUCGACUUUCCUCAGUGUCUCAUUGUGGAUUUGUGUUUAAGCUCGUCUAAAAAGCGGUCAGACUGCGUAGUUAUGUGUAUCGACCUCACGAGAGCUUAUCCUCCGUGAGAUCGAUAUGCACGCAACUUUCUAAACUUUCGUAAACUUAGUACUGGAUUAGUGACGUAGCUUCGACGAGAUAGUAGCAAGUGAUGGCUGUGGCUUCUGGGCGCAUUACCAAGUUUCAUGUUCACACGAAUAGCAAAGUGUUUCUAACAAAAGGAUUUCCGUAAAAAUUAAUAUUGAUCAUACAAGAGAUAUUAAUUCUAACGACGUAUUUACGUAUCUUUAUCAAAAGAUAAGUGAAGGUGCAAAAUUGACAAGUGCGUAUUUGUGUCCGGAAGAGAAAUGUUACAUUAUAAUUAAGCCUCUUCUCAAUGUUUUAUUGAGAAAAUGCUAUUUUAUAACCGUAAAAAAAUAUUGUGAUUUCCUCUGUUAGUUCCCGCUACUUUAUGCCCAUUUUGUGCAGAAUUGUACUGAUACAUUAACAUGUAAAUAUUAUAAAAAGAAUGAUGUAUAGAGAGAGAGAGAGAGAGAGAGAGAGAGAGAAAAUCGGAAGAAUUUGAUUCAAGUGUAAGAAAAUCAUAUUAUAUCGAUAAUUGCAUUUGUUAAUGAAAUAGGUCGGGUAAGUGUUCCAACUAUAAAAUAAUAUAUCAUGUGUGAGAGUGAAGUGAAGCAGAGUCAAUCUCGUUCAAGGAUCAGUUAUUAAUGAAUUACCCUAUGGCCUAUAUUGUAUUAAUUAAAAAAUGUAACAUGAAAUGUAAAAAUACAUUGAAGUUAUUGGAAAAAGCAA